AUGUCAAAACAGGGCUCCGCCUACGGCACGCCGGCCGGCGACACCGAGUUCCGCAAGACACGCGACGUCGCCGAAUAUGCAGCCAAGGCCAAAGAGCGCGAAGCCAAGGAGCGCGAGGAGGGCAAGGCGCGGUACGAGGCCAGGCUCGCGGGCAAGCGCUACUACAAACCCCUCGAGGGCAACGAGACGCUGACGGCCGCGCGCACGACCAUGUCCGACCUCAAUGCGCUUGUCGGCACGACGCAGAUGGUGGCCCCCGGCCGGCGUGCCGGCCCGCUCUACUGCAAAUACUGCGACUGGACGGCCAAAGACAGCGUCUCCCUGACGGAGCACGAGAACUCCAUGUACCACUUGCGGAACGUCGGCCAAACGGGGCAGGUCAAGCGGGCGUCGGCCGCCGACGUGCUGGAGCGCAUCGAGGCCGUGUGGGCACGCCUCGAGGCCGAGAAGAAGGACGCGACGGUCAACCUCAAAGAGCGCCUGGCCAUACGACAGCAAGAAGACGACGCGGAACGCGAGCGGCGGCGGAUCAAGAAGCGCGACCUUGCCGAAAAGAAGAAGGCGGCAAAAGAGGCCGAGGCGGCCGCUCUGGCAGCGAGCCGGAUGGACUACGGCGACGACGUCCGCAUCGAGGGCGAGCACGACGAAGAAGACAUGAUGAAGAUGAUGGGCAUCACUGGGUUUGGAUCAACCAAGAAGAACUGA